GCCGCUGCCGCCGCCGGUGGCGACUUCCGGUGGCGCGCGGCGGAAGUGACGCAGCCGCGGCGGCCGGGAUGGCGGCGCCGAAGGUGAAGCAGGACAUGGCGCCGCCCGGCGGCUACGGGCCCGUGGACUACAAACGGCACCUCCCGCGCCGUGGCCUCUCAGGUUACAGCCUCUUCGCGCUCGGUAUCGGCAGCCUCCUGCUGGGCUACUACACCAUCGUCAAGUGGAACCGGGAGCGCAGGCGGCUGCAGAUCGAGGACCUGGAGGCACGGAUCGCGCUGAUGCCGCUGCUGCAGGCGGAGGCCGACCGCAGGAUCCUGCGGCAGCUGCGGCAGAACCUGGACGAGGAGGCCAAAAUCAUGAAGGACGUUCCCGGCUGGAAGGUCGGGGAAUCCGUGUUCCACACCAACCGCUGGGUGCCGCCGACGCUGGACGAGCUGUACUACCUGCGCCCCCCCACCCAGAUGGACGCCGAGAAGUUCGGGCUGCAGUAUUACGUCUGAGCCCCCCCCCCAAAUCCGCCACUUGGGGGGGGUCCUUGUCCCCCCCCCGGGGGUCUCCUGUGUCCCCUGGGGGUGUGUCCCCCCCCCUCGAGCACCUCCCAUUAAACCCGUGUGGAUAUGUGGCUGUU